AUGCGCUCCACCGGGAACGCCAAAGCCGGCGGCGAUGGCGGGAAGGUGGACCUGCACCCCGUUUCCUCGGCGAUCUGCAACGGCGAGGAUCUCGGACCAUUCGUGCGCAAGGCUUUCGCCACGGGGAAGCCGGAGACGCUGCUCUCGGCGCUGCGGCACUUUACCCGCGCCAAGGAGUUGGAGAUCGAGGACGUAUGCCGAGACCACUACCAGGAUUUCAUCCGCGCCGUUGACGACCUCCGCUCCCUCCUCUCCGACGCGGACUCCCUCAAGUCCUCCCUCUCCGAUUCCAAUAUCCUCCUCCAGGCCGUUGGCGGGCCUCUCCUCUCCUCGCUCGACGCCUACGUCGAGGCCCGCUCGCAGGCUCGCAAUAUCUCCCUCGCCCUGCGCUCCGCCCGCCUAUGCGUCGGCCUUCUCGACCUGUGCCGGCGCGCCAAUGCCUACCUUUCCAAGGAUGAACUCUACCUUGCCCUUCGCUGCGUCGACAACCUGGAGCGAGAUUUCCUCCUCGACUCCCCCGAUUGCGAAGAAGGAGAAGGAGGUAACGGCGCGGGUGGCGUUCCCUCCCCCACUCUCCGCCGGAUGCUGGAGAGGCAGAUCCCCGCUAUCCGCGCUCAUGUCGAACGCAAGAUCGGGAAGGAAUUCGGCGAUUGGCUUGUUCAGAUUCGAGUCGUUAGUCGCAACCUCGGCCAGGUAGCCAUCGGCUACGCCUCCGCUGCCCGCCAGCGGGAGGAGGAGCUCCGGAUCAAACAGCGUCAGGCGGAGGAGCAGAGCCGCCUCAGCGUCCGCGACUGCAUUUAUGCCCUCGAGGAGGAGGACGACGGUCCCACCGGCGCCGGAGGGGCUUCUCUUGACGGUUCCGGUAGAGAGAACAGCGGUGAUGGAAUAUUGGGCUUCGACCUAACCCCCCUUUACAGGGCUUACCACAUCCACCAGACUCUGGGCCUGGAGGAUCGUUUCAAGCUCUAUUACUUCGAGAACCGGAAGCUCCAGCUGACCUCUGAUUUCCAGGUCUCUUCGAUGACACCGUUUUUGGAGUCUCAUCAGACAUUCUUCGCGCAGAUUGCUGGCUUCUUCAUUGUAGAGGACAGGAUCCUGCGCACGAGUGGUCGGCUUAUCUCCAAGAUGGAGGUAGAGAGCCUAUGGGAGACGGCCAUUGCCAAGAUGGUGUCUGUGCUAGAGGACCAGUUCUCGCGGAUGCAGACUGCCAAUCACCUUCUUCUUAUCAAGGAUUACGUAAGCCUGUUCGGAGUCACACUCCGGCAUUAUGGUUACACUGUGGAUCCUCUCCUUGAUGUACUGAGCAAACACCGAGACAAGUACCACGAGUUGCUACUUUCAGACUGCAGGAAGCAGAUAGCUGAGGCUGUCUCAGCUGACAAGUUUGAGCAGAUGCUGAUGAAGAAAGAGUACGAGUAUUCGAUGAAUGUCCUAUCAUUCCAGAUUCAGACAUCUGAUAUCAUGCCUGCUUUCCCUUUUGUGGCUCCUUUCUCUUCUACGGUACCCGACUCCUGCCGCAUCGUGCGCUCCUUCAUUGAGGACUCUGUUAGCUUCAUGUCAUAUGGGGGCCAGCUUGAUUUCUAUUUUGUAGUGAAAAAGUAUUUAGACCGGCUGCUGAAUGAGGUCCUAGAUGGUGCGUUGCUGAAGCUUGUCGAGUCUUCAGUCCAUGGGGUAUCCCAGGCCAUGCAGGUUGCUGCCAAUAUGGUGGUACUGGAACGCGCCUGUGAUUUUUUCUUUCGCCAUGCUGCACACCUUUCAGGCAUCCCGCUAAGGAUGGCAGAGAGGGGUCGAAGAGAAUUCCCGUUGAAGAGAGCACGUGAUGCUACAGAAGAGCUAUUAUUGGGUUUGCUUAGGACAAAGAUCGAUGAUUUCAUGCUCCUCACGGAGAACAUUAACUGGAUGGGAGAUGAUUACUCCGUUAGUGGAAAUGAGUACGCAAAUGAGGUGAUCAUAUACCUUGAGACGCUUGUUUCAACUGCACAACAAAUAUUACCUGUUCAAGUACUGAAACGGGUUCUGCAUGGUGUACUUUCUCACAUAUCAGAGAGGAUCGUUGGAGUGUUUCUGAGUGAUUCGGUCAAGAGAUUCAAUGAAAAUGCUGUUUCUGGUAUUGAUGCUGAUCUGAAGCUAUUUGAGUCUUUUGCGGAUAAUCAGGCCCAUUUCUCUACCAAUUCUGAGGAAUCUGGAGCGAAGGAGUUGAGGGAAGCCUUAGCUGAAGCAAGGCAGUUGGUUAAUUUGCUUCUGAGUAACCAUCCAGAAAUGUUCAUGAACCCGGUGAUUCGGGAGAAGAGUUACAACAAAUUGGAUCAUAAGAAGGUACUGUCCAUAUCAGAAAAAUUCAGAGAUUCUACAGAUCGGCUGUUUGGAUCAUUUGGGUCAAGGGCAGCGAAGCAGAACCCAAAGAAGAAGGCAUUGGAUAUUUUGACUAGAAGGCUUAGAGAAGCAUAG